AUCGUUUCUACACAUAAUUUUUGAAAACAUGUUCCUAUGCAUACGUUUUGCUCUGAGCAGCUACAUUCAUGUGCUAUUUCCGAUCCAAUGCUGUUAGGGCCAAUGAGGAAGAUUUAGUUGUUUGAGAAGUGUAAUUAUGAUCAACUAUGUAAUCUGCUUCUAGGUCUUCGAUUUGGAGAAUCUCUCUUCCUAAAAUGAGAUUUUUUUAGUGGCAUAUGAUAGAUGCUGUGUUUUUCCCAUGGUUAACCUACAUGUGGGACUUAUGAACUUGAGAUUAGGGAAUUUGAAUAUCAUAUAUGCAGAAAUAUAAUAGUCUAUGCUGAAGGAAAGCUAAAAAAAAUAGCUGAAAUGUUACCUUGAUUACUUCUGUAAUCAGUACAAAGCAACAUGUAUAUCACCGAUCAUAGUAAUUUGGUAUAUCGUCUUUAGUUAAAUUGAAAUUAUUCAACUAGUUCAGGCUUUUUUUGAUACAACAACAACAACUACUACUACUACCAAGCCUUAUCCCACUUGAUGGGGUUGGCUAGCUCAAAGAUUUUUGAUCUUUCACAUAUAUUAGAAGUUAGAUAAAGGAAGUUAAGUGUAAUUUUCCUAUGAGUUAUUAUUUAUGAGUUUUCAGAGGCCUUGUUGUUUAGCCCUCACUCAUGUUAAAUACGUACAUGUGUUGAUGUAUUGCUCUUCCACUUAUUUGUCUAAGAGGACUAGGCCCUACUUUCACUUGUCUUUCCAGGAAGAAUUUCUAUAAGAUAUGGAAAGGACUUACUUUUGUGGGAAGCCAAGUAUUCAUUCAGCAUUCUUCACCUAUGGUUUGAAAGAUUUUAAACCUAAACUUCCAUUCAAGCUGUUGCCACUUCCAAUAGCUACAUCAAGAGAGGCACACGGAAUAUUGACAUCCCUUAAUCCCUGUCCAAAAGUUCAUCAUGGAGAAACUUUGCAACUUUUGCUUGAUGUAGCACCAUCCGAAAUUAGUCCUCAAUUCUUUAGUUUAGGUUUAUCAACUGAGCAUUGUGAAAACAAGAAACCCGCCAGCCUUGGAUUUCAGACUUCUGUAUCCAGUGUGAAGUAUGAGAAAGGUUCCACUAAUUGUGAAAGUGCUCAAGGUGUCUCCCAUAAAGAAAUCCAGAGAAGACUGAAGAUUGGCGCAGCAAACAGAGGCAGGAUACCUUGGAACAAAGGAAAGAAACACACUGAAGAGACACGUGAACGCAUUAAGAAAAAAACAUUGGAGGCCUUAAGCAACCCCAAGGUCCGGAAGAAGAUGUCUCAAUUCCAUCAUAGCCACAGUGACCAGAGCAAAUCUAGGAUUAGUUCUUCCCUAAAAAAGAUAUGGGAAGAGCGUCGAAAAAUUAAACGACUACAAGCCCAAUGCUACACAUUGUGGGCAAGAACUAUUGCUGAAGCAGCAAAAAUAGGAACUGAUGACCAAGAGGAAUUAGAAUGGGAUGACUUUGAGAAAAUGAAAGCAGAUUUCAUGACCCAACAAGUAAAACUCAAAGAAGAGAAAGAAAGGGCAAAAGUACGUGUGAAGCUAAGAGCUGAAAUGGUUGCGAGGGAGAGGGCUGAAAAAAUUGCAAAGCUCGCUGAACAAAGGAAACUACGGAAACAAAUGAUGGAAGAUAAACAGGUGGAGUCAUUUUCAAGAGAGAAAUCUGACAGAGAAAAGAAGAUACCAUUAUCCAAAAGUUUAAAACUCAAGGCAAGAUUAACUAAGUUUCGUGAACGCAAGAAGCAACUAAGCAAUUCCUGGAAAUUUGAAGCUGACAUGAUUGAAGAACCGAGGCCAGAGUUUAAGAAAUGGGACAUGGAAGUGAUUAAAAAUGAAAGUUUGAAACAAAUCUCACUUGCUGAUCAAAUCGAAGCCGUGAAGAACAGAACAGAAUUGUCAGGAAUAGAAAUUGUAGCAAAUGCAUCCAUAGAUUAGGAGAUGAUUGGUUCCAUGAUAUGAGAUUUACUUGCCUUACGAGGACAUUAUGCCACAGUAGGUUCUUCAAAUUUUUUGUUCAAAUACUAAUCUUAUUAAUACUUUUUUGGGAAAUUAUCUAAUGCCUCUUCUAACA